UCCCAUCAAAGAAUUCACAAGAGAAAAAAACCAAAUAAAUGCCUCAUGUGUGGGAAAAGUUUCAGUCGCAGUUCAUACCUUAGUGUCCAUCAAAGAAUUCACACAGGGGAGAAACCGUAUAAAUGCCUGGAGUGUGGGGAAAGUUUCAGUCAGAGCGGCAAUCUUACUUCCCACCAAAGAAUUCACACAGGGGAGAAACCAUAUACAUGCCUGGAGUGUGGAAAAAGCUUCACUUGCAGUUCAGACCUUAAAGUCCAUCAGAAAAUUCACACAGGAGAGAAGCCAUUCAAAUGUAAGGAGUGUGGGAAAAGCUUCACUAAGAGUUCCACUCUUACUUCCCACCAAAGAAUCCACACAGGGGAGAAACCAUAUAAAUGCUUGGAGUGUGGGAAAAGCUUCAGUCAUAGUUCUACUCUUAUUUCCCAUCAAAGAAUUCACACAGGGGUGAAACCAUAUAAAUGCAUGGAGUGUGGAAGAAGCUUCACUGACAGUUCCAAUUUUACUUCCCACCGAAGAAUUCACACAGGGGAAAAGCCAUAUACAUGCCUGGAGUGUGGAAGAAGCUUCAGUCACAGUUCAACCCUUAGUGCCCAUCAGAAAACUCACACAGGUGAGAAACCAUAUAAAUGCCUGGAGUGUGGGAAAAGCUUCACUGUCUGUUCCGCUCUUACUUCCCACCAAAAAAUUCACACAGGGGAGAAACCGUAUACAUGCCAGGAUUGUGGGAAAAGCUUCAGUUGCAGUUCACACCUUAAAGUCCAUCAGAAAAUUCACACAGGAGAGAAGCCAUUCAAAUGUAAGGAGUGUGGGAAAAGCUUCACUAAAAGUUCCACUCUUACUUCCCACCAAAGAAUCCACACAGGGGAGAAACCAUAUAAAUGCUUGGAGUGUGGGAAAAGCUUCACUGAGAGUUCCACUCUUAUUUCCCAUCAAAGAAUUCACACAGGGGUGAAACCAUAUAAAUGCAUGGAGUGUGGAAGAAGCUUCACUGAGAGUUCCAAUUUUACUUCCCACCAAAGAAUUCACACAGGGGAAAAGCCGUAUACAUGCCUGGAGUGUGGAAGAAGCUUCAGUCACAGUUCAACCCUUAGUGCCCAUCAGAAAACUCACACAGGGGAGAAACCAUACAAAUGUAAUGAGUGUGGGAAAAGCUUCAGUCAGAAUUACAAUCUUGCUUCCCACCGGCGAAUUCACACAGGGGAGAAACCAUAUAAAUGCCUGCAAUGUGGGAAAAUGUUUCAUCAGAGUUCACACCUGAUUUCCCACCGAAGGAUGCACACAGGGGAGAAACUGUACAAAUGCUUGCAGUGUGGGAAAAGACAGGUGGGCUCCUCUGAGCAGGGCCUCCUGCAGGUGCCUUCCUGCAACUGGGCAAACUCGGCAACUGCCUGUUCUUGUGCCGUAUAUUUUGAGCCCAAAGCCUGGGGGAACGGCCUGCUAGAGGAGCUCACAAAAGCUGCCGUUCACUUGGAUUUCUGCAAGUGA